AUCCGUCUCUCAAAACUUGCAUUGUUGAACAAUCAUACUCUCAACUUUAUUCAUCUUCCAUUUUGACCAAAGUGUUAAUUGAGCUUUUAAGCAUCGUGGCAACUAUGGCUACUCACCACGCGAAGAAUGAAGUUCUCAAGGCCGCUGCCUUGUUUGAUGUCUCGCAUAUCACAGCAGUCGUGACAGGCGGCGCAACUGGCAUUGGUCUGAUGAUCACCCAAGCUCUGCAGUCCAAUGGCGCCAAAGUCUACAUCACAGGCCGCCGCAAAGAGGUUCUGGAGCAAACCCAGAAGACGUAUGGCACAGGCCCGGGGAGCAUUCAUGUCCUCCCUGGUGAUGUCAGUGAGAAGGACGAGGCUGUCCGUCUAGCGGAGGAGGUUAGCAAGAAGGAGCCAAAGGGCGUUCACUUACUCGUCAACAACGCUGGUAUUGCGGAGGAUGACAACACCAAGUUCUCCUCGGCUGGCGAACCAGACACAAGCGACGCUAAGGCUCUUUCGCAGCACUUUCUCAAGACGGAACCAGAGCAAUGGGCCGAUACGCUGAAGACAAACGUGACUGGGCCUUACUACAUGUCCAUGGCAUUCCUCCCACUACUCGCCAAAGGUCAUGAGACUACGCCUGGCUAUUCCUCCCAGAUUGUCAAUGUCUCCUCCAUCUCAGGAGCCAUGAAAGGUUCCAGCAUGGGUCAGCCAGCCUAUGCCACCUCCAAAGCUGCCCUAACCCACCUCAGUCGCAUGAUAGCUACUCUCACCAAGGACAUCAAGGUUCGAGUCAAUGUUAUCGCACCAGGGCUGUUCCCCAGUGAGAUGACUACCGGAGAGUCCGAUGAGGGUAACAAGAGCAACAUUGAUAAGAAGAUGACUAACCCAGCUGGAAGACCCGGUCAUGAUACUGAUAUGGCUGCGACUAUUCUUUUCCUUGCUGGAAAGGGUGGCUUGUUUUACAAUGGCCAGAUUGUUUAUCCCGACGGAGGGUCGACACUGAUCAACCCAGCAAUCGCAAAUUAAAGCUGUCGCAGCUGAUGGAGCGUUUGGGCUAGGGUAUUACAAAAUGUCACAUAUGAGAUGGCAAUAAGAAGAUCUCUGUAUCAUAAGUUUAAAAUACUUUCUUUAGUUAUUAAACCAAGUCUAACUAUAAGCCUCA